CUUUCAGUUCAAGCGUUAAUCCAACACUAUAACUUGAGCAGAAGCUUAUGAAAGACUGAACUGAUGGGAUCCACAUCACCAGAGCAAAACACAUCACGAAUUCUUCUUUUUUAUGGAUGCGGCAAAUCUAGCAGACCGCAACACACAUGGUAGCUACCCAUGUCUGCGAACAGCAGUUCAGAGUGCAGCCAAACACAACCAUCCGAGAACACAUGCCAAACUGCAGCAGACGUCGGCGCUACGGAAAGUUCAACAUCUGUGUCACCUACGACUGAAGGGAGCGUUGUAGCGCAAGUACAAUUAAAAAGUACAAUUACAGACACACAAGAACCACCCCACAAACUCGCAGCUAACACCGGGCUAAGUAUUACUAGUAAUGGCGAAGCGGUAUCCAACACGCUGGUCACUUCCUCGCACCCACCAAGUACCGCGACCGGCGGUGGUGCGGUUGCUCAGACAAGCGUGGCACCCAUCCAGGUUUGUCCAGCUAGUAGUGCCUCUCCUCGCGCCCCCGUGCCAAAAAUCCAGACUACUCCCUCUCUACCUACAAUGGCGAACACUGUCGGCCCUACUCCUCCAAGGAUGCCUGCACCCAAGUCCAGUGUGGCCAUGGUAAGGCCCCCACAAACUGCUUCAGUUCAGCUUCCUGCAACAUUCCAGAUCCCACCAGGUAUGGUACUGGUGCGUAGCGACAGUGGGCAACUAAUGCUUGUAUCCCAGCAGGCUUUAGCACAGGCUCAGAGGGUCAUCACUAAUCCAGGCCUGAUCCAGCCAUCUGCAGCCACCGUAAUCAGGAAGCCAGGAUCUGCCCCGGUCAUCAGAGUCUGCCCUCCUGUCAGCAAUCCCAAGCCCACCUAUACCAUCGGGACCAUGCCACAGAGGCCUAGCUCCACCGCAGGGCUCACCGUACAGAGGCCCAAUGCUGUGGGGAGGGUUUCGUACAGGCCUAGCUCUGCCAUUGGGACCUGCUUACAGAGGCCUAGCUUUGCAGUGGGGGCCAUUCCUCAGAGACCCACCUCUGCCGUGGGCACGAUCCCCCAGAGGCUCAACUCCGUUGUCGGGGCCACUCGUCAACACACCACCAUCAUCAAGACUACAGGUGGAGCCUCCACCACUCCAGCUGGGAUUCCGGCGAGCCGUCCAGGAAGCCUUGCCCCUCGGAUCCUUUCAGCAAAUGUCCCCACCAAGCCCAAGCCCAAGCCCACGCCCUCAGAUGCUGUCACCUCACAACAGACCAUUGAGAAUGUGAACAAGUGUAAGAACUUCCUGGUGACGCUGAUGAAGUUGGCCUCCAGUGGCAGCCGCUCCUCAGACAUGGGCAUGAACGUGCGCAACCUUGUCAAAAGCCUGCUGGAUGGGAAGCUUGAAGCAGAAGAGUUCACAGAGAAACUUUACUCUGAGCUGAAAUCAUCUCCUCAACCAUACUUGGUGACUUUCCUGAAGAGGAGUCUCCCUGCUGUUCGGCAGUUCACCCCAAACUCCCAGCUCUUCAUCCAGCAGUGUGAGCAGCCCAGUCCUCAGGCUGCACCCCCAGCCCAGGCCUCUACCUCCACCUCCACCUCCACCCAGCCCUCCUCAUCAGUGAAAACCACUCAGCCAGCCAGGCCCACUUCGCUGGUGAUUCAGCCCCAGCAAGGUAUGGUCAUUAAAAAGCCUAUGACCUUACAACAUACUGCACAGGGAGGGGGUGUGUCCAAGCACUUUGUCCUCCAGACCACCAGAACACCCACCACAGGUGUGAUAGUGGGGCCCUCAGCACAGAUCACAAAAUCACAUACAGCUUCAUCACUACCCACUCUCAAUCUCAGAUUCAAGGAGAGCACCGGCACCUUCCGGGAUGAGGAUGAUCUCAAUGAUGUGGCGUCCAUGGCCGGUGUGAGCGUCAGUGAGGAGAGAGCCCGUAUCCUGGCAACCGGGGCGGAGUCCGUUGGCUUGGUCAUUAGGUCUUGCCGGGACGAGCCAUUCCUUUGUCCUUCUGCCCUACGAACACGCAUUACUAAUACAGCUCUGGCUGGAGGUGUGUCCGGUUUGGAAGGAGACAUUGUGGGUUUGGUGUCCCAUGCCACUGAGGAACGACUGCGAGACCUGCUGGGGAAAGUCACAGUCACUGCACAACACCGCCACAUGCAGUUGAAGGACUGCUGGCAGUACCGGCAGGUGACUGAUGUCCGGAGUCAGCUGCGCUUUCUGGAGCACGUGGAGCAACUGCAGCAGCAGCGCAUGGAGGAGGAGGAGAGAGAGAUGCUGCUCCGCAUUGCCAAGAGUCGUUCCAGCAAUGAAGACCCUGAACAGCAGAGUCUCAGACAGAGGGCAAAAGAGAUGCAGCAGCUGGAGCUGGCUCAGGCCCAGCACAGGCAGGCCAACCUGGCAGCUCUUGCCGCCAUCGGUCCCCGCAGGAAGCGCCCCCUUGAGGUAAGCAGUACACUGGGUCAGAGGAGCACGCCCAGGUCUGUGACGCGGGUCACUCUCCGGGAUCUCAUCUUUUGUAUGGAGCAGGACUCCCACCUCUCGCGCUCCCUUCUACUCUACAGCGCCAUGCUGAAGUAAAACCAGCAAACACUGGGUCCAGAGAACAGCUCCAGUGAAACUAGACUGCCUGCAGUCUGUUGAGCACUGCCAAUGUAGCACAGCACGUUAUAUUUCUGUUAUACUUACGGGAGAAAUGUGGAUUGCACAACAUAUAUUAUAAUUUAUGUUAUCUAUGUAUAUUAUGUAAACAUUCUAAUGUUGUAUUCAAUAUGAAAUGAAUAUUUUUUUUUUAUUUAGGACACUAAACAUGAUUAUCACAGCUA